AUGGCCAAAUUUGGGGUGCCCAACGAGCUGAGCUCGGUGUACCAGGUGACCUGCGACGGGGCGUGGGGGCCGAGGGGAAAGGGGGCGAAGCUGACGGUGCAACUGACCUGCAGCGAGUACUGCCGAUGCGGUGAAGAGCUGCACCAAACCCUCUGUAGGAACACGCCACAGGAUGGGGAGAGCCGGCUGUUCCGGGGGUCGGCGUGGGCUGGUGCUUUGUACAGGGACUUUGUCACGGGGGGGAAGUCCGGGGCCAAGCAGAGGCUGGUGCUGACCAACGACAUGAACAUGCAUCCAAUGCGCCGCCACCUGACCUACCAGCAGCUGUUCGCCAAGUAUUCGGAGGAGCGCCGGCUGGACGGGCCCACGCUGGGGGAGGUGCUCCAGACGCGAGCGCAGCGCCGGGUGGUUGUCAUGGACGAUUUCGAUUCCAUGGGGUGCGAGGUGGCGCCCGGUACUUGGUGCGAGCCGCUCAAGCCGGGGGAUGUUGAUGCCGCCUUCGACUACCACCAGACCACGACCAGCGUGGGGACGGAGGCGGGCAGCAUGAAGAACGCCGCGGAGAUGGACGCAUACAUCCAACUCUUCCAGCUUUGCGACGCGUCCGCGCACCCCUUGGAGGCCAGCAUGAGAUGCCGGAAGACGGGCGUGGACGUGGAGUGGGUGGAGAAGGCCCUGCUGGUGGCCUUCGCCGAUCCGGCCAACACCCUCCGCCGAGGAUUCAUAUGGCACCCUAUCAAGUCCAGCCCGCGCAGCCCCAGCAACCCGGUCAAGAUCCUGGCCGAAAUGGACCCGGAAGCCCGCCGUAGAACCGUCUAUGUGGCCCCCCUGGACUUGAUACACCGAGUGACCACGGCUGGCUACCCCGAAUCGUACGCUCCGGGGUAUAAAGGAGAGGGCGGGGGCAGAAGGGACAUCCCCUUCUUGUUCAGCUACCCCGUGGGCGCCGAUGAGGUGAGGCUGGUGGAGGGCAAGGCGGCGGUUGUGGGCACGCUGAGCCUGGACAUGGUUUCCGGGGCGAGCGCGGGGGCGACCAAUAAUAUCGUGCUGGUGCAUGAGGCCUUCAGGUCGCUAGGAUCUUUCGACGGGGAGGGGGCCGUGAAGAAGGCCGCCGCCGCGGCGGGGGCGCCGCACGAGGCCAUACUCAACGAGCUGUGGAUGCCCAAUCCGCAUGUGCGCAACACCACUCACCAGUUCAGCUAA